UGCCGGUACGUGCGUGUUGGUAGUACUCGGUGAUAUCGCGCCGCGUUUUCGCUCGCGGGUGUGCGUGCUCCGUUUUCGUGAGAUAGAAGGGCGAGGGUUUGUGGUGAAGAGACAUACCGUCGAAGGUCCGCCGGACCGACGUCGAAAUACGUGUGGCACGAGGAAGUAACGAGGACCGGUGCAACAGCAGCGGCAGUCAUGCGGCGAAAUGUCAAGAUCGCGUUGCUCCUGUCAUGCGCGUGGAUGUUCGCCUGUGUUUACUACUACCACACGUCCCGGGACACCAAGAACGAAAACAGAGCCCUACGGCUGAAGGAACCCGCGUCCUUGUCGCUUUCUGCCGGCGGGAAUUCCGGCGGCUACGUGGACCCAGAUGGCACGGCCAUCGUGAUGUCGUCCGAGCUUCUGCCAGCACCUACUCCAGACCCGAGAGUGACGUGGAAUUACUUCGACGAGCAGGGGUACGUGUCGAGAGGCGGCCUGCGUGCAGGAGAAGACCCGUACGCGAGGAAUAAAUUCAAUCAGGAAGCCUCCGACGGUCUCCCGAGCAAUCGCGACAUACCCGAUACUCGCAGCGCCAUGUGUAGGAUGAAACAAUGGCGACGGGAUCUCCCACCGACUUCUGUUAUAAUUACUUUCCACAAUGAGGCACGGUCUACGCUACUCAGAACCGUCGUCAGCGUGCUGAACAGAAGUCCUGAACAUCUUAUCAAAGAAAUUAUUCUAGUGGAUGACUUCAGCGAUCACCCCGAGGACGGCGAAGAAUUGUCCCGCAUCCACAAGGUUCGCGUGAUUAGGAAUGAAAAGAGGGAGGGUCUGAUGAGAUCGCGUGUUCGGGGUGCGGACGCAGCUACCGCGAAUGUAUUGACAUUUUUGGACUCACACUGCGAAUGUAACGCCGACUGGAUCGAGCCUCUUCUAGAGAGGGUAGCCGAAGAUCCAACGAGGGUGGUAUGCCCUGUAAUCGAUGUAAUCAGUAUGGAUACUUUUCAAUAUAUCGGUGCAUCCGCCGAUCUCAGAGGUGGGUUCGACUGGAGUUUAGUCUUUAAAUGGGAAUACCUCAGCCAGAUAGAACGUCAGGCAAGACAAAAAGAUCCGACGCAAGCCAUUAGGACCCCUAUGAUUGCUGGCGGACUGUUUGUCAUCAACAAAGCAUACUUCGAAAAACUCGGCAAAUACGAUACACAGAUGGACGUUUGGGGCGGCGAAAAUCUCGAAAUAUCGUUCCGCGUGUGGCAAUGCGGUGGCAGUUUGGAGAUUAUCCCCUGCUCACGUGUGGGCCAUGUAUUUCGUAAACGUCAUCCUUACUCGUUCCCCGGAGGUAGUGGAAACGUGUUUGCUCGAAACACGAGGCGCGCCGCCGAAGUAUGGAUGGACGACUACAAGCAGUUUUACUAUAAUGCCGUACCACUGGCACGAAACAUCCCUUACGGGAACAUCCAAGACAGGAUGGAGUUAAAACGGAGGUUGCAUUGCAAACCUUUCAGCUGGUAUCUUAAGAAUGUGUACCCGGAACUAGUCAUACCUACGAGCGAAGGUGGUCCGGGAGGUUCUCUGAAGCAAGGUACCGCUUGUUUAGACAGCAUGGGCCACCUUCUAGACGGAAACGUGGGUCUCUAUCCUUGCCACGACACCGGCGGCAACCAGGAAUGGGGCCUCACGAAGGACGGCCUGAUCAAGCACCACGAUCUCUGUCUGACGCUGCCGGUGUACGCUAAGGGAACGACGCUGCUGAUGCAAAUCUGCGACGGCAGCGAGAAUCAAAAGUGGCGGCACUUGGAGGGCGGCUUGAUACGCCACUCCAGGAUCCCCGUGUGCGUGGACUCGAGAUAUCACGCGCAGCGCGGCAUCACCGCGGAGAAGUGCGACUCGAACGCGGAGACGCAGAGGUGGCAUCUUUACAAUCACAAUCACUAGCUGAUAUGGUUGCGGUGAACACGCUAUUCACCCGCGAACUCUCAUUUAACGCGCGCGCGAGUGCAACGACAUCGCCAUGGUCAUCCUUCUCAGCAAGGUCGAUCGGUCAGUGGCACGUUACUUAAUUAGAGAACGGCUGUACGCGCGCGAUUCGACCGAUCUAUCCGCGCAGAUACUACUAUCGCAAACUGGGUGUAUCUUUGUGCGAUAAUCGCCGCUCUUCACCAUCUCCCAGGUGAUAUCGGUGAAGAGUCUAUCUUGUACCACGCUGACUUGCAUGUUCGCAAGUCCCCGAUGCAGCAUGUCCUGUGACGUCUGAAUAGAGCUGUACGUUAGAUGAAAGGAGUCUAAGAAUUAUCUGACAAUGUUACUGAAAGUAGUACCAUAAGACAGGACAAUUUCGUAAAGAGAAAAGGAUGAAAGGGGUUUUAAGACUGCCUGGUGUACAUGAUAAUAAUCUAUAUAAGCUUCGGUUUCUCUCUCAAUAUCGCUUUUGAUCGUUCUUUCUUUUCUUUUUCUGAGCAUUAAAAUGACAUUAGAUUAUCGUAACGUACUUCUUUUACAAUGACAGAAGAUUAAUCUUACUGAGAUAAACGGUGAGGUCUCAUAAUAGAUAUAGUCAGUGUAAAAUUAUUUAUGAUAAAAUAGUAUAAAGUACGCGAAGAGUGAUAGCGCAGAAGUUGCGUUACUGAUUCGACGCUACAACCUGAAGCACGCUAUUUGCGAAAACGCUUUUACUCUCUCUUUCUCUCUUUCUCUCUCUCUCUCUCUCUCUCUCUCUCUGUAAUCAGGUCCACAUAUGAUAUGUUCCAUGCGGACGGUGCGCGUGUGAUCGAUUUAAAUGAAAUUAUAAAAAAUUAUGCUGUUGUAACAAAAGUCACUCUUGACAUUUCCAAUCUCGAGGAAGAUAUUAAUAAAACGGAAAAUAUCUCAUUUUCGAAAUUUAAAGUAAUGACAAGUCAAAUGUGUUUGAAGUGCAUAUACGACGGAACAGUCACGCACUUUCGGUUUGUAAUGACUAAACUCGAGGAAUUUUCACAUUCCUUUGAACAGUAUAUUAUUUAAAUGAGGAUUGGUUUAGUGUUACGCGCAUGCUAUUAAUUCUUCAAUUUACAAUAACGUCCACAGAAUCUCAAAAUUUAUAUAAAUGUAAAUAUAUAUGCUUACUAAAGACUUGUAUAAAUUUCGAGAUUGAAAACUGAAAAGCUGUUGUAGCUUGAAGAGUUAAAAAUUGAGUGAUAUUAUUAGUAGAACGCUAAAUUGAUAAAACAAAAGCAUCGUAGAUCAAGAUGAAUAGUAAAGACGAAGCAAAAAGCAAACUUUUCUUCUUGUUUCAUAUUAUCGUUUACGAUCAAAUUUGAUAAGAUUGAGAAGUGAAAUAAAGUUCCGAAAAUCGAAAAUAUAAUUCAAUCAAUCUGUUUCACAACGUACAUUAGCUAAAUUCGUGAUAUUUUUCUUUUUUUACUAUAAACCCUAUAAAAAUCUAGUAUAGGCCAAUAAUCAAGUCAUUUAUUUAGUACGGGUACGUACUUGAGUACGCCUAAUCGAUGGGCAGCUCAUUGUUCUUUUUUUUACAUAUAUACAUAUAUUUAUUUACGUGCAAUUUUUAAACGAAGUUUGCCAGAGCUUUUAUACACGGCAUUACUUCGUACGUUUUAGGUAAUUGAUAGUUCUCGUUUUUUUUUCAACACGAACACAAACACCGUUUUAAGAUUAUACUUUUAAGCAGAUGACCGCGGAGAAGUUCUUUGCUAUUUGCACGUGAAGAAAAAAGAGCGUACGAAAUAGCAAAAAUUCCGUACGCAUUUAUAUUAUGUAAUAAUUGUAUAUUAUCGCUCUGCAUCGCACAAUUUAAUAUAUGAAGUUAAAAAAGACAACACAACGCAAACUUCGAGAGUUUUGCAAAAUGUUCUUUAAUUCAACGCUAAAGGGCCAAUUGGAAAAUUAAGACAUUCAUGCCUUGAUUUCGAUUUACAUACGAUUGUGAGUGGUACGGCAUGAGAUGCUUCUUAUUGACGUCGCUAUUUUCGUCGAGCCCAAAAUCACACGCAGGCAGCGUAUGUUCUUUUUAUCUGGUCUUAGUAUAUAUGCGGCGCGCCUAAACGCGCCAGAGACUCUUCUCCGCAAUCAAACGACGAACCGCGGCGAACAAAACGCUUUUCCAUCAAAAACACGCGCUAUGAAUCGCAGAAAAAGAGACUUAUUUUUGUAACUAAUCGUAUACUUACUUGGUUGUGCGAAUAGGCGAAAAGCGUGGAAUAACUGGUAUCAGUAUACUUAACAUAUUGUAGUUCAGUAAUAAUGUUGCGACAGUGAAUUGGAAAAAAAAAAAUUUGGCAGAGAGUGAGAAACCUUGCGAUGAAAUAUAGAGGAACAACUUUGAUUCAGCCCGAAUGUGAUAGUUAAACGUGAAAAAAAUUGUUAUUCCUCGUGCAAGGUUGAAUCGACAUUAAGUAGAGUAGAAAAGAAUAUGAAACAUUUGAUCGAGUCGGAAGUAAAAUGGAACAUCGUCCAUUAUUCGUCUACAACGUGUUAAGUGAAUUAAAGUGGAAGUUGCGACUAAUA